AUGGAUCCUAAACCACAACUGACAAUGAAAGAAGUGAGUAACAGUGCAGAAUUACAUCCAAUAUUCACAAGGGAUCCAGCUGAUUGGAUGAAGUGGGUGGAUCAUGAGGUGCAAGUUAGCACUGAAGAUGGGGAAGUGCAUGUUGGUCAUGUAUACACAGUGGAUCCUGUGUCUGAGAGUAUCUUGCUUAUCACUCAAGCAGACGCCAACUUGGAAGCAUCUUCAAGUGUAUCCUUAAAACUACUGAUCGGGGCAUCUGUUAGGAAUGUGAAGAUUAUUUCUGAGGGCACAGAAAAGGUCAAACACAAAUUCAACCACCUGUUUCGCCCAGCAGAAAAUGUCAAUUUGAACGAGGAGGAUUUGAUUGCCCGUAAGCUGAAGCUGAAGUCCUGGCUAGAGAAGCAUCGUCUUCCAGUGACACUAGGUGGCAUCAGUGGGCAGUACUUAACGGUUGCUGAUGCUAUUACUGUACAGCCACCUUACACAGAGGACAGCUGUAUUAGCACAAAUGAAAUUGUCUUAUCACGUAUCCAGGGACUUAUUAAAAAUAUGCCCGUAGAUGAACUGUGA